GCGGGUCAGCGCGUCUGACUGGCUGCGGGGCCGCAGGGACUCGCGGUAAAUGGCGCUGGUGGCGCGAAAGUUGAGUGUCGGGUGCGCGGAGCUUUCGGGGCGAUGUGUAGCGACUUCCACAGGGCUGAGUCUGGGACGCAGGGUUUUUCCUGUGAGUGGUUGGACAGCAGAGUCUCAGCGGCCAGGCUGUCUUCUCCAUCCCUGCCGUCUGCAUCUUACCUGCUAUGGUGCACGCUCCUUGCCCGACUUGAAGGUAGAAGUGCCUUGAAAGAAAUAGAACCGUAUCUAUUUGCUGAUGAAGAUUCAUCUGUCCAUGGUGACAUUCUUGAGUUUCAUGGUCCAGAGGGAACCGGAAAAACAGAAAUGCUUUAUCACUUGACAGCGCGGUGUGUGCUUCCAAAAUCGGAAGGCGGGCUGGAAGUAGAAGUCUUGUUUAUUGAUACAGAUUAUCGCUUUGACAUGCUCCGGCUCGUUACGAUUCUGGAGCGCAGACUGUCCGGCGGGUCCAGCGGGUCUGAAGACGAGGUGAAGCGGUGCCUCGGAAGGCUCUUUGUGGUCAGCUGUGGCAGCAGCACGCACCUGCUCCUCACCCUGCACUCCCUAGAAAGCACCGUCUGUGGCCACCCUUCCCUCUGCCUUCUGAUCUUGGAUAGCCUGUCCGCCUUUUACUGGAUAGACCGCGCCAACGGAGGGGAGAGCGUUAACUCCCAGGAGUCCGCUCUGAAGAAGUGUUCUCAGUUCUUAGAGAAACUUGCACACGAGUAUCGCUUAGUUGUUUUUGCAACCACACAAAGCCUAAUGCAGAAAGCCUCCGCCUGGACCGAAGGGCCUUCCUCGGCCGGAGCGGACUACAGGCCCUAUCUCUGUAAGGCGUGGCAGCGGGUGGUAAAGCACAGACUGUUUUUCUCCAGACCAGAGGAUUUGAAAACCAGCAACCGGUUUUCUUUAGUUUCACAUAAUUUAAAAAGUAACAGUUAUAAAAAGCAUGUUUUUAUUAUUGGAGAAAGUGGCAUUGAGUUUUGUUGAUAACGUAUCACAAAAUGGUGUUUUCUGGGAUAUUAUACAAAAUUGAAAAAGUCUUAAUGGGCUAAAAUGAUUUGAUUAUAAGGUAUAAAACUCUGGGAGAAUAUAAAUGUUUCUAUACAGAAUGGAUUUUUUUGUUCCAGAAUAGAUUUCUUUCUUUUCUUUUUUUAAUGCUUUAUUUACUUAUUUUGAGAGAGAGAGAGAGAGGAGAGGGAGAAUCCCAAGCAGGCUCUGCACCAUCAGCAUGG